UGGUCUUCCGAGACAACAGAUUGUUAAAUAGAGACUUGUGCUAUGUUUUGACUGUAAUAAUUGAAAAGUCGUAUUUCAUUACAUCGUUCACUACUCGUUAGAUUUUGCCUAUCAAAUCGCCAUGACCGAGUUCUGGCUGAUCUCUGCUCCUGGAGAGAAGACUUGUCAGCAGACAUGGGAAAAGAUGAUGACAGCCACUACCCGUCCUAAUACCCUCUCCACCAAUCAUAAAUUCAACAUUCCUGACCUCAAGGUGGGAACCUUAGAUGUUCUUGUAGGGUUAUCUGAUGAGUUGGCCAAACUGGACUCUUUUGUGGAAAGUGUGGUUAAGAAAGUGGCCCAGUACAUGGCUGAUGUGUUGGAGGACAGCAGAGAUAAAGUCCAAGAAAAUCUACUGGCUAAUGGAGUUGAUUUGAUUACAUACGUUACGAGAUUUCAGUGGGAUAUGGCAAAGUAUCCCAUCAAACAGUCUCUGAAAAACAUUUCUGAAAUCAUCUCAAAGCAAGUGAGUCAGAUUGACAAUGACUUGAAAACCAGAGCCUCAGCCUACAAUAACCUGAAGGGCAACCUGCAGAACCUGGAGCGGAAAAAUGCGGGAAGCUUGUUGACUAGAAGUUUGGCUGACAUUGUGAAGAGAGAGAAUUUUGUGCUUGAUUCUGAAUACCUUAUUACCCUGCUGGUGGUGGUUCCAAAGGCAAAUUACCCAGACUGGUACAAAACAUAUGAAACCCUCGCAGAAAUGGUGGUUCCACGGUCUACGGAGUUGCUGUUCGAGGACCAGGACUGCGGACUGUUCAGCGUCACACUGUUCAGAAAAGCCAUCGACGAUUUCAAACACAAGGCUAGAGAAAACAAGUUCACUGUUCGUGACUUCCAGUACAAUGAGGAGGAAAUGAAGGCCGAUAAGGACGAAAUGACUCGUCUCUCUACAGAUAAGAAGAAGCAGUUUGGGCCACUUGUUCGAUGGUUGAAAGUGAACUUCAGUGAGGCUUUCAUCGCUUGGAUCCACAUUAAGGCUCUGAGAGUUUUUGUGGAAUCAGUCUUGAGGUAUGGCUUGCCAGUCAAUUUCCAGGCCAUGUUGUUACAGCCGAACAAGAAGAACAUGAAGAAAUUGAGAGAAGUCCUAUCUGAGCUCUAUAAGCAUCUGGACAGCAGUGCAGCUAUCAUUGAUGCGUCGAUGGACAUUCCUGGUCUGAACCUCAGUCAGCAGGAGUACUACCCAUACGUUUACUACAAGAUUGACUGCAAUCUCUUUGACUUCAAAUAGAGUGGAACCACCUCUGUCUUAUUUUUCAUUUGACCCACGGACUCCUCCACAUCUGCCAACCUUAAUUUAUUACAGUCUUAUUUUUUUCUUUUUCUUUUUUUACCCCCACACUAAAACUGCACCUUUUCUCCAACAUCCAUCUAUAUCUUCUUUCCACGCUUUACCCUGUAAUGUGUGUUAUUCCUCAAGGUUAGAGCAAACACUCACACACUCACAAGGCUGUUCUGCACAGCCAGCUACAGGGUAAUCGGCCUCUUUGUGGGACUGAUGAAAAUUUUGUUUUGCUUUCAUAUGUUUACAAUACCCAGAAACCCCCCCCCCAAAAAGAAUCAUGUUAUACAAAUUUGUUUCAGAGGAGGAUGUAUCAGUGUGUGGUCCACUAUUUGCUCAUAGCUGCAAAGAUUGAAAAGCUGACAUCAUUCCUCUCUGACUGUGAAGGUGCUCUUUUGAUCAGAGGUUGUGUUUUUAGGCCCGUUUGCCGUUCUCAUGGCAAUCGCUUCUGUUUUCUUACCAAAGUAUAUGUGACAUGUUAUAUACUGAUUCUGAUUUUGUUGACUCAAAGCAAUAUGAUCAUGUGUAUGGAUUUAUGGUUUAUCUAUGUUUUGAUGUUA